AAAAAAAAAAAAAAAAUCCCUGCAAUGCUAUUGUGGACGCAGUUCUACUGCACUGAAAAUUUCCAGUCUCGUUUAUGAUGUACAAAAAGGUUCUUUGUCCAAAAUACUUCAUCAUCUGCAGUCAUAUAACCCAGUACUGCUGCAGCACGUUUUUGUAAGGGGUCACGUCUGCUCAAUUGUAAUAAUCUGAAAAAUGAAUUACCUGGUGGGUGCAAUGCAUAUUCGCAGUAAACUCCCUGUGCCAGGAAUUUGCGCAGGGUUUUUUUUUUUUUUUUUCUCGUGCCUCUGGGGGUGGUGAAGGGGGUGGGGUUAGGCAUAGACAGUGACGUCGCAUGCCGUCUGUUGGAGAGUAGGAAACUGCAGAAGGGGGAACAUGAAGGAAGAAAAUGACCGACAGUGACCUAGAACCAUCCAUCCGCGCCUGGGGCAUCGCUAUCUUUUCCAAACAGUAAAUAAAUACGCCAACUUAACCUUUGUUGAACAAAUAUAUUGGACCGCAGUUGUAUACUUCAUAAAUAAUAAACAGUCGAUCGUUAUUUCUUGCGAUACUGCCUUCUUUCUCCGUGUCUGUGAUUAUGGAUAAAGGUAAAUCCAUUGUGGAGCAGAACGGAGCAGGUCCUUGGUGUGCGAACUCACUGCAGAAUGAGUUUCACUCGCCACAGAUAAGCAACAACACCAGCAAUCCCUAUAGUGCUGCUGCUGUUAGCACUACAACGACUGGUAGUACUAAUAGUGGUGGUAUUACAAGUUCUAGCAAUGGAACAACGGAGCAUUUCCAACAUCACCAGGAUCUUCAUGGAUCCCCUGCAAAGAAAUGCAGACUGAGGAGGAGAGUGGAUUCGGGAAAAAAGAACAGACCUCCUUUCCCCUGGUUUGGAAUGGACAUUGGAGGCACACUGGUGAAGCUGGUCUACUUUGAGCCCAAGGAUAUCACAGCUGAGGAGGAGCAGGAGGAGGUGGAGAACUUGAAGAGUAUCCGGAAAUACCUGACCUCCAACACGGCCUAUGGGAAGACAGGGAUCCGCGACGUCCACCUGGAGCUGAAGAAUCUGACCAUGUGUGGCCGCAAAGGCAACCUCCACUUCAUCCGCUUCCCCACCCAGGCCAUGCACAGGUUCAUCCAGAUGGGCCGGGACAAGAACUUCUCCAGCCUGCACACCACACUCUGUGCCACCGGCGGGGGAGCCUACAAGUUUGAGGAGGACUUCAGGGCAAUGGCAGAUCUGGAGCUGCACAAACUCGAUGAACUGGACUGUUUGAUUCAGGGGCUGCUCUACGUGGACUCCAUUGGGUUUAACGGCCGUCCAGAAUGCUACUUUUUUGAAAACCCCUCUGACCCCCAGAACUGUGUGAAGAAGACAUGUUGCCUUGACAACCCAUUCCCAAUGCUGCUGGUUAACAUAGGCUCUGGGGUCAGCAUCCUGGCAGUUUACUCCAAGGACAAUUACAAACGAGUGACUGGGACCAGCCUUGGAGGUGGAACCUUCCUGGGACUGUGUUGCUUGCUGACUGGCUGUGAGACAUUUGAGGAAGCUCUGGAGAUGGCAGCUAAGGGGGACAGUACUAAUGUGGAUAAACUUGUGAAGGAUAUCUAUGGGGGAGAUUAUGAACGCUUUGGGUUACAGGGGUCUGCUGUAGCGUCCAGUUUUGGUCACAUGAUGAGUAAAGAGAAGCGAGAUACUAUCAGAAAGGAAGACCUGGCAAGGGCUACUCUUGUCUCCAUCACGAACAACAUUGGUUCCAUAGCUCGGAUGUGUGCAGUGAAUGAGAAAAUAGAGAGGGUGGUUUUUGUUGGGAAUUUCCUCCGAAUCAACAUGGUGUCCACCAAGCUGUUGGCCUAUGCCAUGGAUUUUUGGUCUAAAGGACAGCUCAAAGCUUUGUUUCUGGAACAUGAGGGUUACUUUGGAGCAGUGGGGGCCCUUCUGGAGUUACUGAAGAUGACAGAUGACUUCUGAAGAGAUUGGCCUGCGAAGAGAGAAACAAAGCAAACAAACUGUAUGGGGGAAAAAGCUGCUCUUAAUUUUAAGGAAGCCACUACCAGAAAUGGGAAAAGCCAUUUUGUAUAACUGUAAAUAUUGUUAAUUCUUCCUUCUAGUGAUCCUAGUUGAGGUAAAGAUUUUUAUGAACUAAUUUAAACCAUGGAACGAGAUAACAUUUUAGGGAAAGGAUUCCUGUUCUACUGUAUAUAUGUAUUUUUUAAAACGUGUGCUAAGGCCAAAAUCUAAUGACCUUUAGUAGCAUGAAAUCUAGAUAGCUACUGUCUCACUUGCUACACCCUAAGCCUUUACUGGCAAAUUAGGUUGAUCAUGUCUAUUUCAGCUCUGACAAGUGUCAGGGGAUGAAGUGGUUGACUCUGGUCUCACUAGGAUUUGCCUGUGCUCUGGGCGAUAUUUUGCUUGAGCUUGCCUUGCAAAUAAACAUCCAGGCUACAUAACAUACCUGGCCAGGGAUGUUGCUUCAUCAGCCACCUCGCAAUCCAAAGUCUCUGAUUCUCACUAAUGUAGUUAGCAAAAUUAUUGAUUGUGUUGUCUUUUGAGAUAUUGUGAGGCAGGGAUUCACUGUAGGCUCAUUAUAUUAGCAUCUCGAAAUCCUGGAACUUGAUAGCCAAAGUCUGGCUUGCUGUUUGUGCAUUACAGUGGAUAUUUAAACAGUAGGCUAAGAAGACCAGAUGUGUUAGCCAAACCCCAGAGGAGCUACUAAACCUGACUUGCAAGGUUUCUGUAUAGCACAAAUCUAAAUGUUGUGUAAGAGACAAUAACAUCAUGUGCCUGCUGGUCUUGCCGAUCAGCUUGAUGAUGAGAUCACUCCCAGCGGAGGCAGAUUUCCCAAGCUAACAGCAUUACCACAUACUUCCUAACAGCAGGGAGCUGUUACCAUCCUUCACUAGUAGAGGGCCACUCCAAUACAUACUUCACUUUCAACUUAAUAAAUGAGAAUUCACUGAGUUUGUUUUGUGAGUUAAUGUAAAUUAUACUCUAUUCUUUUCUGAUUCAGUAGGCCAUGUCAACUACAAAUGUAGUUGUUCAACAUGCUUUUUAUAAAGUCUUUUUAAUAUCAAUGGCAAAACUCAAAAAUCAAGGAGAAAAACAUUUCCGUGGCCAGACGCAUUCUGAUUUCUUCUAAAAUGGGUCCAUUUUCUCGUUUUCUUCUGGGGGUGUGAAUUUAAUCAGAGUGUGAUGUUUUUUGUUGUUUUUAAUCACCUGGGAGAUUUUACUUUCUGUUCAUUUUCAUGACAUUUCAUGAUCUAAUCUCGGUUUCAAGUGAAACUACAAAGCUAACCUGUGAGCUGCUAUCACUAAAAGUCCCUGCUCUUUCCUGCCUUUUUGAAACACAUCUAUGAACUAUAUUUGGAAAGAGUCACCUUCUUUGAUCCUGCACAGCAAGGAUGACCUGAACUAGCCAUCAUGCAUGCUGGUUUGGGGUCCAGAAACAGGAUCUGAAGAGUUGUGUUUUUUAUGUCAGGCUCUUUGCCACAUGCAAUGCUGCGUGUUUGCACGUGUUGGAGAAAAAAUGCUGAAUUGUGUUGCCACAGAAAACUGUUGAGAAAAAUAUCAAGGGCCAUAGCGUAUUCACAAAGUUAAAGAAAACAACGUAUUGCUGUUACAAAGCUUCAAAUAGAUACUCUAGCAGAGCUAACGUAAGUCCUAUGUGCACCAUUUGGUUGUAUUUAUGCUAUUUUGUGUGACACAAAACCAAUGCAAACAUAUCACUGCGUUUAGUGCUUUCUGAAUAUGGCCCCAGUACUGUAUUCACUGAACUGUGAUUUCAUAUAGGUUUUCCUGUCCCAAAUAAUGAGACCAGAACAGGAAAGCCAGACCCAUAGGUAUUAAAUAAGUAUGUUUGAUGUCUGUGUGUAAAAUGCUUUUUUCUGCUUUCUGUUUUGGGAAAUACGUUUUCUGGUUUUCAUUGCUGGUGUAACCACUAUAAUAAAUGUAGGCCAAAGCUGA